UUUAUUUAGUUUCCUGAAAUGAAAGUAAAAGUUUGUCAGAUCAGGGCUGAAGUCAAAGCAAAUCAUUUUGUUUCUGUCUGAAUGGAAAUAAACUGAGUUCAUCUGUUCUUUCUCAUCAACUGAGUGAAAUACUGAGGUCAGACAUGUCUGCUGGCAGCAACCAGAGAUCUGAGGAUCAGUUUCUGUGCUCCAUCUGUCUGGAUGUGUUCACUGAUCCAGUCACCACGCCAUGUGGACACAACUUCUGCAAGAACUGCAUCACCCGACACUGGGAUGUUAAAGACAGCUGCCAAUGUCCAAUGUGUAAAAAAAUGUUCAAGACGAGACCUGAUCUGAACAUCAACACCUUCAUCAGAGAGAUGGUUGAUCAGUUCAGACGUGAACGUCAGCAGGAAGCCAGCAGCAGCAGCUCAGAGCAACAAGCUGCCAAACCAGGAGAAGUUCCCUGUGACGUCUGCACUGGAACCAAACUGAAGGCCCUGAAGUCCUGCCUGGAGUGUCUGACCUCCUACUGUCAGACUCACCUGGAGCCUCAUCGGACAGCUUCAGGUCUGAAAAGACAUCAGCUGAUGGAGCCUGUGGAGAACCUGGAGGACAGGAUGUGUAGGAAGCACGAUAAACCUCUGGAGCUGUUCUGUAGGACAGACCAGACAUGUGUCUGCAUGCUCUGCUCUGUUUUAGACCACAAGACUCAUGAGCUUGUUCCUCUGAGAGAAGAAUAUGAAGGAAAGAAGGCAGAGCUGGGGAAGACAGAGGCUGGAAUCCAGCUGAUGAUCCAGAAGAGACGACUGAAGAUUCAGGAGCUGAAAGAGUCGAUGAAGAUCAGUAAAGAUGCUGCAGACAGAGAGACAGCAGAAGGUGUUCAGGUCUUCACUGCUAUGAUAAAAUCCAUUCAGAGAGGUCUGGACCAGCUUGUAGAGGAGAUCCAAGACAAGCAGAAAACUACAGAGAAACAGGCUGAAGACUUCAUCAUAGAUCUGGAACAGGAAAUCUCUGAGCUGAUGAAGAGGAGCUCUGAGGUGGAGCAGCUCUCGCGCUCUGCAGACCACCUCCACCUCCUCCAAAGCUUCUCGUCCCUGAAAGCUUCUCCACCCACCAAGGACUGGACAAAGGUCAGAGUCCAUCCACCAUCAUAUGCGGGGACUGUGGUGAGAGCUGUGGACCAGCUGGAGGAGACACUCAGGAAAGAGAUGAAGAAGAUGAUGGAGGCUGAGCUGAAGAAGGUCCAGCAGUAUGCAGUGGACGUUACUCUGGAUCCUGAUACAGCAAAUCCUAAACUCAUCCUGUCUGAUGAUGGAAAACAAGUUUAUCAUGGUGAUGAGAGGAAGAAUCUUCCAGAGAGAGCAGACAGAUUUUCUCAAUGUGCUAAUAUUUUAGGACGUCAGAGUUUCUCUUCAGGCAGAUUUUACUUUGAGGUUCAGGUUAAAGGAAAAACUGACUGGGAUUUAGGAGUCGCCAGAGAGUCCAUCAACAGGAAGGAAAAGAUCACACUGAGUCCUCAGAAUGGUUUCUGGUCUAUAUGGUUGAGAAAUGGAAAUGAGUACAAAGCUCUGGCUGAUCCUUCAGUCCGUCUCCAUCUCCAGUCUGUUCCUGAGAAGGUGGGGGUGUUUGUGGAUUAUGAGGAGGGUCUGGUCUCCUUUUAUGAUGUAGAUGCUGCAGCUCUGAUCUUCUCCUUUACUGGCUGCUGCUUCACUGAGAAACUCUACCCGUUCUUUAGUCCCUGUAAUAACAAUGGUGGUAAAAACUCAGCUCCUCUGAUCAUCUGUCCUGUCAAUUAAACUGUCUGAUGGUUUUUAUAGAGAAGCUCCAUGAAGACUGAAUCUGUUUCUUCCACAGUGGGGAUCACCAAAUCCGGUCCUGGAGGGCGGGUGUCCUGCACCUGAUUCAAAUAACAUGGAUCUCCACCAGCUUGUUGUCAAAUUCUGCAUCAAGUCUGUUAAUGAGCUGAUCAUUUGAAUCAGGUGUUGCUGCAGGGACACAACCAACACCUGCAGGAUACCGACCUCGAAGACCAGAUUUGGUGAUCCCUGGUCUACAGUUUUAGUCUGAGUGUCUCUGUAGGUGAAGUUCUACUAGUGGACUGAUGAGGAUGGAAAUGUCCUCAGCAACAAGUCACCAGAGGCCUGUCCUACAAAGCAGGAUAAACAUACCCGCUAUAUCUCUGCCUGUUUCUAAAAAUAUCCUCCACUAAUUUCUGAAACUGACGUCAGAACUUGGAGGUGAACUCUGAGCUCUCCACUGGCCUCUGGUGGAUGUAUUAACCAAAAACAAUGAGAAUGUAAAGGACACAUGGGGGUAUGAGGGGUGGAGACGUUUGAAUCAGAUAUGACUACUGAAGGACUUAACGGAGCAUUAAUGGACCUUUAGUCUGAUCCCUCUGACUUUCACAUGAUUGUUAAAUGAGGGUAAAUAAGUGAUGUAACAGCUCUGACAUUUUUAAAUGUAAGAAAACAUGAAAACAACAUGUGACUCUCCAGGGAGGAUGAGCAAAGUUUAUUUAUGUUCAGGAAUGUCAGAACAGUGAGUGGACAUGAAAGCUGCUGCAGGCCUCUGCAGGUGGACACUUCAAAGCUCUCUGCAGCUACACAUCAGCUCUGUUUGCUUUCUGGAAGCUUCUACACAUCUGCAUCAGACUCCAUGGUCACACCUGAGGCUGCACAGGUUGAAUUAAAGCCGUUCCCUCCACUAACUGGGACUUCAGGUCUGCAGAUGGUGAAGAUCUACUUUUGACUUUUGCUUGUUUAAACCUUCCUGAUGUCGUGUUGCAUCGUUUCCAGCUGGGAUUCAUUCUUCCUUCAGACCAGACUCCAGUUUAACUUCCUCUAAAAUGACCAUCAAGUCACGUCAGUCGAACUGCAGCUGAAUUAAAGUGUUUUUAUGAUUUUAUUCACCCAUAAAUUUGUCCUUCAUUAAAUAAAAGAAUCACUAAUUAAAACCA